AUGGAUUCAAAUCAACUCUUUCAAAAUGCGCCUCAUUUCCAAACUCCGACGCACUCUCCUUCCAUUCUUAGCGCACAACACAACAAAUUUACACAAGGUGUCCAAAACACACCCCCGUCUCCAGUUGUCCCCUUAAGUCCAACGCCACCGACUUAUGACCAAUUUUAUAUGACCCCCCGCCGUUCACACAAUUUAGUGACGUCGUUAACGGACGUUCUUAUUAAUGACUUAGAGACGUGUAGUUAUACAUCUUCGAAUGUCCAAGCCCCGACGAUAAGUGUGAGUAACACGGAGUAUUCUGGGGACACGUUUCGGUUAUCGGUGAGCCAAGGGAAGUUAGUGAUUCGUGUGAUAGAGUCUCCACAGAGUUGUUCCUGUGUUGAGCGUCGUGUUCCAUUAGGGAGUAUCAAAGACAUUAUUUGUAGUGAUGGUGUAUGGAGAGUGAAGACGAAGUAUAAUGAAGUGAUAUCAAUAGGACGUGGGGAAGGUGUUCGCGAGUGGUUUCGGUGUGGGUUACGUGGAUGGGAUUUAGAUGGGGGUUUAGAAGAUGGUGAAGGGUGUACUGCCUAUGAUACUGAUGCCUUUUAUUUAAAGUGUGGAGUACUAGAAUACACCGUUCGUAAUUAUAAUGAAGGAUUUGAUUUGUGUGCUACAUAUCCUCGUACCUUCGUAUUACCUUCUACCGUCACUCGCGAAAUGAUUUUCGAGAGCUCACAAGUCCGUUAUUUAAAUCGGUUCCCUUUCAUCGUCUAUGUCAAUACAAAUGGAACAGCUCUCUGGAGAGCGGCAGCUGUAAUAAGAGGAAAAACAGACGCUUUAUUUAGAAAAAUGGGGAAAAGCGUUCAGAUCUUCGAAUUGACCGGAAAGGACGGAAUCGCACCUUCGACACAAAAAAUUGAAGAAGAUUACACCAUCUAUAUCAGUCAAAUCCAAGACACAGAAAACAUCAAAAGGAAUGUAGAGAGGAGUGGGUGGCUUCGGAUGAUAAGUAAAGUGAUAACUAUCAGUAACCACAUUCGUUAUUUGUUGCAAAAAGGGGAGACGAUAGAGAUAGAGAGUGAAGAAGGGAAAGGGGUAGUGUCCGUAGUCUCGAGUGUUGUAUUAUUUUUAAUAGACAGUCAUUACCGAACGAUCAAAGGAGUAGUUGAAGUGAUAGAGAAAGAGUGGAGUAAAGUAGGGUAUUCCUUUGGGGAGCGGAAUGGGAAAGGAGUAGAAUUUGGGAAAGAAGCGAUAGAAUUUGUAUUAAUGAUGCAAAGUUUAUAUACUCUUUUGAAGCAAAACCCGAGUGGGUUUGAGAUUAAUGAGAAUGGGUUAGAUGUUAUAAUGGCGUUAUUAUAUAGUGGAGCGGUGACCACUUUUAUGUAUGAUUGUGACAAAGAUUGUCGGACCAUUUGUGGGAAUAAGAAGACUUUAUAUGAUGAUAUCAAGACCAAAGGAUCUAUAACAAAUGAAUUCUUUGAUGUCAAUAGUGUGUUAUCAGUAUCAGGCGAAAUGUUAACUAUCCCAUUAUGGACGGGUUAUUAUCUCAAAUACAGUCAUCCAGAUAUCGCAAGACUUCGACUGUGCUAA